AUGACAGAUAGUUUCAAAAAAGAAACCUCAUCUAUCGGUUCUUCAUCUGGGAACGCACCGAAAAUUUCAAAAUUUGCGUUAAUGUACUAUGACAAAAUACCCCCGUGGUCAGCGGGCGUUCCUUUUGUUAUUCUUAAUGAUUAUAGCAGACAUAAACCUGCAUUAUCAAAGGAUCAAAAGACGAACAGAAAAUUAGAUGAGCAAUCAAAUAUGUCAAUGAAUUUUAUAGAGGAUCAUAAUCAGGAAGAGUCUAGCAAUCAGCCUGUGAAAAGAGAACAUGAAGAAUUAUCCAGCUUGAUAUAUACCAAUGAUCAGUAUGAACCUAUGUUAUCACCUGAUACUUCAGUACCAGUAAGAGAUGACCAUAAUUUGUGUGGGCGAUUGUAUAAGAAAAAAAGAGAACACAAAGAAUUAACCAACCUGAUACAUACCAAUGAUCAGUAUGAACCUAUGUUAUUAUCUGAUACUUCGGUACCAGUAAGGGAUGACCAUAGUUGGUGUGGGCGAUUGUAUAAGAAAAUUAUCUCUGCAGAAAACGAUUAUAGCGAGAAAUUUAUUGGUGAGAUAACUCUUAAUAUGAUGAUUUUAUUUAAAAAGGACCCACAAUUCCUCCAAGAAAUACGACAAACGGAUAAACUCGUGAUUGAACAUGUUCAAUUACUGAAACUACUUGUUAAAGUAAUCGAGAAUGAUGCGGAAGAUUAUGGAAAAGAUUUAGGCAGUCCAUUUUACGCUAUCUACUUGGUAUCAGGAUAUGAUGGAAAAAUAUCUGAUCUUCUUCGCUUUGAAGCAAAAGAGCUUAAAAAGAAAGAUGAGAUGGCGGUAAUUUCGUUAAAUUCAUGGGUUUUAUUUUUGAUACCUCCUUAUUCUUCUUUGUGUACCCAACUUCGAAUUAAGCGUCCUACAGAACCUUUUAUCAUGUUACGCUAUAAAAAAGACAAAUUUCCUAUGAAUUAUUUAAUGCAAUGGUCUUCUGAAACUUUGUCAGACCUAGAAGAAUCAAAGUUUAUUUUGGUUGAAAAAAAUCAAGAUGACCAAAUAUUCGAUUUUAUGACAUUUAUCGGUGCAAGGGAAACGACAAUUCUUGACCCGCAUACUGAUUGUAUACUGAUUUAUCAAAGAAGUUUCAGAAGGCACCCUUCUCCUGAACUUAAUUAUAUGGAUUUGAGGUAUCGGCGGGGGGUUAAGUUCUAUCUAAUUGAAGAACCUGGAUUAACUCCAAGUGAAAUUUUAGUUUCAGGUGGUAUUAUUGUAAUAACAGAAAGAGCUCUUUUGAGAUAUGAACAGAUUUUAGGAAACAUGCAACGAUUUCUCGACCACAAUCCAGAAUGGGAGCUAAAAAUUCAUACGUUAAUUCUUGAAAAGCUGCAAGAGAAAUAUUUGAGUCAAUAUAAUGCACAUUAUUAUACGCUUAUGAGACUAUGUGAUGAAAUGUCUUUUUUAAUCAAUGAAUGUGAUUCAAUUAAAUAUCUAUUACCGGAUGAAAUUGAGGAGACUGUUGAUAUGAAUGAAUACUGUUAUUCUUCAAUGAACAUUUUAUUUAAUAAGUAUUACAAUAGUAAUAGAUAUUUUAUUAUUAUUGAUGAUCAAAAGUAUUCAUUGGGAACAACCAUAUAUGGGGUUGAUAUAAUGACUCUGGAUGAAUUUGAACAAAAAAUUUUUCACAUAUGUAAUUAA